AUGUUUGUUCUCUCUGUAACAAUUGAAGAUGAGCUCUUGCAACGAAUUAAGAAUGCCAAGACACCCAAAGAAGCUUGGGACACAUUGGCAACGAUUUUUACAAAGAAGAAUGAUGCGAGAUUACAAAGGCUUGAAAAUGAGCUUUUGUCGAUCUCUCAACGAAAUAUGACAAUCAACCAAUACUUCUUAAAGGUAAAAUCUUUAUCUGAUGAAAUAUCAAAAUUAGAUCUUGAGAAUGCUAUCACGGAGACAAGAAUGAGAAGAAUCAUUGUUCAUGGUCUGAGGCCGAAGUACAAAGGCAUAAUUACAUCCACACGGGGGUGGGCCACAGAACCAACUUUAUUUGAGUUGGAAAAUCUGUUGGCAAAUGAAGAAGAUUUGGAAAAGCCAUUAUCAAGUCUCACUAUAAAACAUGAAGGCACUCUUCACGAAAAGACAAGACUAUAA